AUGAAUAAUUAUCAAGAAUUUAAAAUAAUUGAUAAUAUUGCGAAACUUAUAGAAUCAAGUUUUGGAAUUCAUGGUAAAUUAAAAUUAAUAUCACAAGUUUUUGAUCAUAAAAAUGAUGAGGGUGAGAAUGAUAAUGUUGUUAAUUCCACACAAAAAAUUAUAUUUACAAAUGAUGGGCUAUUGAUAUUUAAAUCAUUAAAUAAUGAUUCACCAUAUUAUAAAAUUAUAUUACAACAAUCAAAUUAUAUAAAAAAUAGAUUUGGGUGUGGUGUUUCACAAUAUAUAAUAUUAACAAAUAAUAUAUUAAAAAGAUCAAUAAAAUUAAUUAAUAAUAAAGGUUCAUCAUCUUCAUCAACAUCAACAUUUUCAAUAAAUCAAAUAUUAAAUAUAUUUCAAGAAUGCAGAUUAUUUAUUAAAAAUAAUUUUAAUGAAAGAUUUAUUAUAAAUUUAAAAGAUGAAAUAUUUAGUAGUAGUGGUGGUAAAAAUGAUCAAUUAUUAGAAUCAAUUAUAAAAACCAAUUUAUCAAAAAAUAUAUUAUCAAUUUAUUUUAAAAGAAUUUCUAAAAUUUUUAAAAAGUUAAUUAAAAUUUUACCCAAUUUAGAUAAAAAUAAAAUUAAAAUUAAAACUAUAAUUUCAAGUAAUGAAGAUCAUAAUAAUAAUAAUGAAGAUGAAGAUGAAAAAAAAGAAGAGGAAGAUGAUGAUGAUAAUGAUGAAAUUGAAAUUAAAUUAUUAAAUGGAAUUUUAAUAAAAUCUAAAUUUUCAUUUGCAGGUAGAGAUAAAUUAAUUAAAGUAAUUGAAAAUCCUAAAAUAUUAUUAUUAGAUUAUGAAAUUGAAUUAAAACAUCAAAAAGAGUUUGCAAAUAUUGAAAUUUCAAAUGUUAAUGAUUAUUUAGAGUUUAUAAAUGCAGAGAAAUCAUUAAUUUCAAAACAAUUGGAAAAUAUUUACAAUUUAAAUAUAAAUUUAAUAUUAAAUAAAAAAGUAAUUGGUGAUUUAGCAAUUCAAGAAUUUGUUAAAAUAAGUAGCCAAAAUCAAAAUAAUAAUAAUAAAAUUAAUUGUAUUGGUUCAAUUAAUAAUAUAAAUGAAUUUGAAUUUAUUAAAAAAUCAAUUGGUGGUAAUACUCAAUCAAGUUUACAAAAUCUAUCAUUAGAUUCAUCAUUUUAUGGAACUUGUAAAAAAUAUAAACAAAUUAUAAUUGGUAAAAAAUCAUAUGAAUUAUUUGAGGGUUGUCAAUUUAGUGAUACUCAAACUAUUAUAUUGAAAGGCUCAAGUAAAAAAUUCCUAAAAGAGGCUAAACUCGGUUUAGAAUCAUUAUUAACAAUAUUUAGAUCAAUUAUAAUUGAUGAUGAUUUUAAAUUUGUUGGUUCUUCUUCAAAUUUUGAAUUUAUAAUAAUUAAUUUAUUAAAUGAAUUAAUUAAAAAUAAACAAAAUUCAUCAUCAUCAUCAUCAUCAUCAUUAUCAACAAAUUUAAUUAAAGAGGUUUUAAUUAUAAAAUCAUUACAAAAAUCAAUUAAAGAUAUUAUUAAAUUAUUACUUUUAAAUAGUGAUUUAAAUUUAGAUUUAAUUGAUCAAUUAUUCCAAAUUAAUAAUAAUAAUAAUAAUUCUUGUAUUAAUAUUGAAGAAAAUAAAAUUGGUGAUAUUUUAGAUUUAAAUUUAUUUGAGCCGAAAUCAAUGAAAUUAUCAAUUUUAAAUUCAUCAAUAGAAACAAGUUGUAUACUAUUAAAAACUAUUACAACUUAA